UUGCUAAUAUGUAGGAACACAUGUCACCUAAUAUCAGAGCUGGUAUAUUUUCCAAUGAUUUUAUCCUUAUUUUUCUUCCCUGACUGAAGAGGCCACAUCUUUCUGGAGACCUCAACUACGUUCCAAAGAUGCUCCCUUCCCAGUCCUAUGUCAACAUCUCCUUCUUCCAGCCACAUGCCUUCCUGAUGAUUGGCAUCCCAGGGCUGGAGGCUGUUCAUGGAUGGAUCUCCAUCCCCUUCUCCUCCACGUACACUGUGGCCCUCACUAGAAACUGCCUGAUCCUCUUGGCUGUGGGGAGAACUUCCAGCCUGCACCAAUCCACGUACUACUUUCUGUCCAUGCAGGCCCUCACCGAUGUGGGCCUCACCCUGUCCACACUGCCCACCACCCUGGCUGUGCUCUGGUUUGACCAUCGGCUCAUAGGUUUCAAUGCCUGCCUGGUCCAGAUGUUCUUCCUCCACUCCUUCUCUGUGGUGGAGUCGUCGGUGCUCCUGGCCAUGUCAUUUGACCGCUUUAUGGCCAUCUCCAACCCUCUUCACUAUGCGGCUAUCCUCACCAAUAAUGUCAUCAUUAGGGUUGGACUGGCCAUUGUGGCCCGUGCUACCCUUUCUCUCUUCCCGGUGCCCUUCCUGCUUAAAUGUCUGAACUUCUGCCCUAACAAGAUCCUCUUGUCCCACUCAUUCUGUUUCCAUCCUGAUGUGAUGAGAAGAGCCUGUGCUGACAUCACCAUAAACAUCCUCUAUGGGUUCUAUGUGGUACUGUCCACUGGUGGCACAGAUUCUCUGCUCAUCGUCCUCUCCUAUGCUCUCAUCCUACACACAGUGCUAGGACUGGCAUCUCCCAGGGAACGCAUCCGAGCCUUCAACACAUGUGUCUCCCGUAUCCUGGCUGUCUUUGUCUUCUUCAUCCCAGGCAUUACCAUGUCCAUGAUACACCGUUUUGGGAGGCACCUACCCCCCAUUGUACAUGCCCUGGUUGCCUAUACAUACCUGGUGGUGCCCCCUGUGCUCAACCCCAUCAUCUAUAGUGUGAAAUCCAAGCCCAUCAGGGAGGCCAUGAUUAGGAUGCUAAAGAGGAAAGACCAAGGCUGAUGAAACUAUGAAAUAUAACAGGGUCUGGGUACCAUAAAAGAAACUUCCUGUUCCUUACAGGAAACUGCUACCCUCAGCAAGCACUGAAAACUCCUAGCCAAGGCUAGUGGGAAGACCAUCAGGAUUAUUCAUGUUGCAAAUUUACAGUCACCAUUUACUUUGUACUGGAAACAGUGCUGAGGAUUAAAGACUGAAAAAUAUAUUAAACAUGAUUCUUUCUCUCCACAAACACAAUCUUGUAUCAGGACAAAGGCAGGUAAAUACAGAACCAGAAUACAAGUACCAUAAUAAAGUUCUGUGCAAGAGAUUACUAGAGGAACUGCAAAUUAGUAGUUGCCAGAAUUUGCCUGGGAAGAUCAGACAAACCUCAACAAAGGAGAGAAUGCUUUUAAUUUCAUCUUGAAAAAUGUAUAGGGCUUUUCUAGGCAAAGUAGGAAUUCAGUGAAAAAGAGAAAAACCUAGGAAGA